AUGGCAGGACGAGACCAAAGCCCGGAGCGCAUCCUUCUCCUGGAUGCCGGUUAUUGUGUUCAUACGACAAUCAGAGGGUCUUCGCGUGAGCAACAGGUCCGAGACACGAUCCGACAAGCAGGCAUAGAUGCCGGAACGCGUCUUAUAUUUUUUGAGACAGACUUGACAAAGGAUGACGGCUGGCGUGAGGCUUUGACAGGAUGCACAUAUGUACAUCAUGUUGCGUCCCCAUUUCCCGCAACAACACCGAAGGACGAAAAUGAAUUGAUUGGACCUGCACGGGAUGGCACACUCCGAGUGCUGCGACUGGCACGAGAGGCUCACGUCAAGCGAGUUGUCAUGACGUCGUCGUUCGCUGCCAUUGGAUAUGGGCAUGAGCAUGGGCAGAUACCGCUAUUUACGGAGAGUCAUUGGUCUGUUCUAGAUGGAAGGAUGUCAAUUCCUGCAUAUCACAAGAGCAAAACGCUUGCCGAACAAUCGGCAUGGGAAUUUAUGCGCAAGGAGGGGGGCGAUCUUGAACUUGCUGUGAUAAAUCCGACUGGCGUAUUUGGACCUGUCAUGGGCGCAGACUUUUCAUCAUCAAUUGAGAUUAUCAAAAACAUGCUUAAUGGGAACGUACCUGGAUGUCCGCGGAUCUCCUUUGGCAUUGUGGAUGUGCGUGAUCUUGCGGACUUGCAUAUUCGCGCGAUGAGAAGCCCGGCAGCACAAGGGCAAAGAUUCAUUGGGAUGUGUGAUAACGGACCAGUUGCGAUGAUCGAUAUUGCAAAAAUAUUACGAGCUAAAAGGCCGCAGCAUGCAAGUCGUCUUCCUACCAAGGAGUUGCCCAGUUGGCUUGUUCACGCAGUCGCUCUAUUUCGUCCUGGUUUUCGUGGUAUUCUUCCAGAACUAGGUGUUGUGAAGCGCAUCGAUAACACAAAAGCAAAGGAUCUGCUUGGAUGGCAGCCAAGAUCGAUUGAAGAGUGCAUUGUGGAUACGGCGGACAGUCUGGUGGAAUAUGGAAUCGUCUAG